AUGUCAUACAGGAUCACAUUUGUUGUAGCAUUCCUGCUGCUGCUAACCGGUGCGGCACUCAAUGAUCAACAUGGCGAAGAGAACAUGUACUUUGGAAACUAUGAUUGCUUUGUUGUAAAGCCUGGUGUCUUUGCAGGAGCUGCUGUCUUGUCCCUUGCGAGUGUUCUUCUCGGAAUUCUCUACUACCUCACCUUGACUUCAGCAAAGAACAUAAAUGAUCCACGGGGUGGACCUGCUACUCCUAAUCCAUCUAGCAUUGCCAUGGGACAACCCCAAUUCCCACCGCAGAACACCCAAAAUCCAGUUUUUGUGCAUGAAGAUACCUUUAUGAGGCGACAAUUCACUUGAUCACUUGUAAUUGUACGGCAACAUACUUGGAUCAGUCUCAGAAGCUACCACAUUGAUAAAAAAGGAUAUUUGUUUUAGGGUCAUUGAGUUGGGGGCGGCUCGUUGUCAAUGAAAUCCGCCUCGCAUGUUGGCCUCUGUAGAAUUGUAGUUCUUACUCCCCCAUCCCAGUGUUUUAUAGAUGGAAUGUCAAAGUCUUAAAUGUUACAUCCUUUUGAGCCAUAAACAACUCAAAUGUUCACUGUAAUGGUGGUGUACAUUAGUAUUGUUGCG